AUGGGCAAGGAGGACAAGACUCACAUCAACGUCGUCGUUAUCGGCCACGUCGAUUCCGGCAAGUCGACCACCACUGGUCACUUGAUCUACAAGUGCGGUGGUAUUGACAAGCGUACCAUCGAGAAGUUCGAGAAGGAAGCUGCUGAGCUCGGCAAGGGCUCUUUCAAGUAUGCCUGGGUUCUUGACAAGUUGAAGGCCGAGCGUGAGCGUGGUAUCACCAUCGAUAUUGCCCUCUGGAAGUUCGAGACCCCCAAGUACUAUGUCACCGUCAUUGAUGCCCCCGGCCAUCGUGAUUUCAUCAAGAACAUGAUUACUGGUACUUCCCAGGCCGAUUGCGCCAUUCUCAUCAUUGCCGCCGGUACUGGUGAGUUCGAGGCUGGUAUCUCCAAGGAUGGCCAGACCCGUGAGCACGCUCUCCUCGCCUACACCCUCGGUGUGAAGCAGCUCAUCGUCGCCAUCAACAAGAUGGACACCACCAAGUGGUCCGAGGCCCGCUUCAACGAGAUCAUCAAGGAGACCUCCAACUUCAUCAAGAAGGUCGGCUACAACCCCAAGACUGUUGCCUUCGUCCCCAUCUCCGGUUUCAACGGCGACAACAUGCUUGAGGCUUCCACCAACUGCCCCUGGUACAAGGGCUGGGAGAAGGAGGUCAAGGGUGGCAAGGCCACCGGCAAGACCCUCCUUGAGGCCAUCGACUCCAUCGAGCCCCCCAAGCGUCCCACCGACAAGCCCCUCCGUCUUCCCCUCCAGGAUGUCUACAAGAUCGGCGGUAUCGGCACAGUCCCUGUCGGCCGUAUCGAGACUGGUAUCCUCAAGCCCGGUAUGGUCGUUACCUUCGCUCCUUCCAACGUCACCACUGAAGUCAAGUCCGUCGAGAUGCACCACGAGCAGCUCGCUGAGGGUGUUCCCGGUGACAACGUUGGUUUCAACGUGAAGAACGUCUCCGUCAAGGAAAUCCGCCGUGGCAACGUUGCCGGUGACUCCAAGAACGACCCCCCCAUGGGCGCCGCCUCUUUCGAUGCCCAGGUCAUCGUCCUCAACCACCCCGGCCAGGUCGGUGCUGGUUACGCCCCCGUCCUCGAUUGCCACACUGCCCACAUCGCCUGCAAGUUCUCUGAGCUCCUGCAGAAGAUCGACCGCCGUACUGGUAAGGCCGUUGAGGAGAGCCCCAAGUUCAUCAAGUCUGGUGAUGCUGCCAUCGUCAAGAUGGUUCCCUCCAAGCCCAUGUGCGUUGAGGCUUUCACUGAGUACCCUCCCCUCGGUCGUUUCGCCGUCCGUGACAUGCGUCAGACCGUCGCUGUCGGUGUCAUCAAGAAGGUCGAGAAGGCCGCUGCUGGUUCCGGCAAGGUUACCAAGUCCGCUGCCAAGGCUGGCAAGAAAUAA